CCACCAAACAUUAAGCAACUGCCUCGCGAUGCCUUCAGAUAGUGUCCCAGCAGAUGGCAUCAGCUCGAUAGUGGAAAAACAAUUAAGCAGCCAUUAGGCUGGAAUAUACGGUGAACGCUUGGACUAGUCAUUCUUUGGCGCUGGAACAGAAUGACAUCUGCCAUAGAUGUUACGCACAGGCGCAUGGUGAAAAUACUAACAAUUACACUGAUUGUGUUCAUGACUGUCUUUGGACUGCUGGCCAAUCGGUAUGACAGCCGCAGCAGGCAACGUUUCAAGCUCUCCAAGGCCUAUCUGGCGUAUGCCAUGCUGUGGGCCAUUGCCUUUACUGGCAUCUACGGGCAUCAGAUAUACCAGGACUAUGUGCAGGGGCAGCUCAACCUGCGGGAUGCUGUGAGUCUGUAUGGCUACAUGAACAUCACAGUGGCUGUCAUCAACUACGUCACGCAAAUGAUAAUGAACGACGCUGUGGCGAUGACAAUGAGUCGAGUGCCGCUGUUUGAGACGCUCAAGAUGUUCCAUUUGGACAACGCAUCGCUCCUUCUAUCGAUUGGCAUGGCCAUGUUCAAGUCGGUCGGGUUUCCCCUGAUACUGGAGACGGCCUUCAUACUGCAGCAGCGGCGACUGGAGCCGGAUGCGAGUUUGAUUUGGACCGUGUACCGCCUGCUGCCGCUGAUAAUUUCAAAUCUGCUGAACAACUGCUACUUUGGAGCCAUGAUUGUGGUGAAGGAGAUCGUAAAAGCGCUCAAUGUGAGAUUGGAGUCGCAGCGCCAGCAGGUGAAUCUGAUGCAGAGGGAGGAUCAGCUGAAGCUCAACACUCCGUUCUAUCGCAUGCAGAAGUUUUACGCAUUGGCAGACGAACUGGACAAGCUGGCGGGCCGCUACAUGGUGAUCUACGUGCAUUGCGACAAGUACUUGUCGCUCAUGUCUCUGUCGAUCAUCCUGUCGUUGAUCUGCCAUCUACUCGGCAUCACAGUGGGAUUUUACAGCCAGUACUAUGCCCUGGCGGACACAUUCAUUGCGGACAAGCCGUACGAUGGGCUGGGAGCGCUCAUUAAUUUCGUCUUUCUGCUCAUUUCCUUCACUGAGAUCAACAUGCUGGCACAGCUGUGCAACAACCUGCUCGUGGCAACCAGGAGAACAGCCAUCAUACUGCAGGAGAUGAACUUGAAGCAUGCCGACUGCCGAUACCGGCAGGCUGUCCACAGUUUCACCCUCCUCGUGACCGUCUCCAAGUUCCAGAUAAAGCCAAUGGGUCUGUACGAGCUGGACAUGCAGCUGAUCGUUAAUGUGUUUUCCGCCGUCUUUAGCUUCUUGCUGAUCCUCGUCCAGGCCGACUUGUCGCAUCGCUUCAGAAUGUACUAGGCACUCACCUGGCUGAACUGCAUCAAAUUUCCCGACUGCA